AUGACCGAAGCAGCCGCCAAGAAGUUUCGGACGAAACACGCUCCCCGUGAUGAAGCGGACCCACAUUCCAAUAGCACGAAGAGCUACAAAAGCAAAAAAGUGAAGCAACCGGCGGUUCCCCGCGGCAAGGCGAGCACAAACACCAAGGAGGAUGACAAGCUGACCGAGGAGGGCACGCAAAGGCAAAGCGCCUCAAAGGGCAAGGCAAGCGGCGCGACGGCCGCCGGCGCCCUGUCGAAGGACAACAAAGCCAGAGCAGCGCAAGCAAAGAAGACGAACGUCGCCAAGUUCACCCCCGAACAGGACGCGGAUAUUCACUGCCUUGAUGCGACCCGCGUUGUGCUGAAGACUGAUUUCGGGAACUACACAGCGGCCGACGGCGACUACAUCCACGCCAACUGGAUCUCCUAUGAUUACAUGGAGCGCAAAUUCAUCGCUACCCAGGGCCCAAAAGAUAACACCAUCGAAGAUUUUUGGCGUAUGGUAUUUCAGGAAAACGUGGCGGCCAUCAUCUCGAACUACGGCAAGAUGUUUGUCAACAACAAGAAGGUCGACGACAUCGUGCACACGCUGGAAGUGCUGCCCGACGGCUGCUCGAAUUCCAUCAUCACCAAGCUGAUCUUCUGCACCGAAUGGCCCGACAAGGGGAUGCCGUCGAAGGGCGGGAUCCCGCUAAAGCUGCGCCGCCUCACCAGGGAAGCCGGCACGGGAACUGUGGUGGUCCAUUGCUCGGCGGGCGUCGGUCGCACUGGCACGUACAUCGCCAUCGAGAUGGCCAUCCAGAAGCUGUUGAAGGGCAGGGAGGUGUCGAUUGUCGAAAUCUUCAAGGAUUUGCGCAACUGCCGGCCGUCUUGCGUCCAAAACACUGCCCAAUACCUCUACAUCUACAGCUCCGUCCUCGAAUUUAUUCUCACGCGCAACAUCACACACAAGCCGACGCAAAAGAAGUUUCUCGACGAGCUCGCCGAAGUUAUGGAG